UUAGUGUGAAUUCAACAAACAAACAAACAAACAAAUUUCUUCUUCAAAUCUCAAUUUUCAUGGCGGCGGGAAGCUCCAUACGUAUUUUCCUUAGUUGUAUACUUCAACAAUUGCCUAUAUAGAAUCAAUUCGGUACGUAAUACGUUCACGUUCUACUCCAUUUUUUUGCUUCCAAUUUCAACUUGAUUAUUACUUUCUAGUGAUUUCUAGAAUUGAACCGAUGACGAUCAAUCCGGACAGUAUUACAUCGUCGAGCGACGACAACAACAACAACCUCCGAAGGCGGCGUGGAAGUGGCGGCGGCGGCGGUGGUGGUGAUAAAUCUGUGGAUGAUGUGACGGAGUUGGAUUCGAGCUCUGUGGAUGCUUCGAGUAGCUCGGAUGAUUUAACGAGUGACGUAAGGGAUGGAAGUGGAAACGGAGGAUUGGAUAAGGUGAGUGAGGCUGUGAGUACGACGGUUGGGAAGAUCAGUGAUGGAGAUGGAAUUCAGGAGGAGCAGAGGAAAGCGAAUGAAACGACGCCGUUGAAGUAUGUUUAUAGAGCGUCGGCGCCGGCUCACCGGCGGAACAAGGAAAGUCCUCUUAGUUCUGCCGCUAUUUUCAAACAGAGUCAUGCUGGCCUACUCAAUCUCUGUAUAGUGGUGCUUAUAGCCGUAAACAGCAGGCUGAUUAUUGAGAAUUUGAUGAAGUAUGGCUUGUUAAUUGGGUCAGGCUUCUGGAGUAGUUCAACAUCAGUAAGAGAUUGGCCACUUCUGAUGUGCUGUCUUAGCCUUCCAAUUUUCCCUCUUGCUGCUUUUCUGGUCGAGAAAAUGGCACGGAAGAAGUAUAUGACUGAACAUGUAGUUGUCACUCUUCACAUAGUUAUAACGACAGCUUCCAUUUUGUAUCCAGUUUUGGUCAUCCUCAGGUGUGAUUCUGCUUUUCUAUCGGGUGGCACACUGAUGAUGUUUGCUUGCAUUGUGUGGAUGAAACUGGUUUCUUAUGCACAUACAAAUUAUGAUAUGAGACAGCUUGCAAAGUCUGUGGAUGAGGGUGAAAAUUCCGAAAUCAACUACUCUUACAAUGUUAGUUUCAAGAGUUUGGCUUACUUCAUGGUUGCUCCAACUUUAUGCUAUCAGCUUAGCUAUCCUCGCUCUGCAUCCAUUCGGAAGGGUUGGCUGGCCCGCCAACUCAUCAAGCUGGUAAUUUUUACAGGAUUAAUGGGAUUUAUCAUUGAGCAGUAUAUUAACCCGAUUGUGCGAAGCUCACAACAUCCAUUUGAAGGAAACCUUUUAUACGCCAUCGAGAGGGUAUUGAAGCUUUCAGUUCCAAUUUUAUACGUCUGGCUCUGCAUGUUCUACAGCCUCUUUCAUCUUUGGCUAAAUAUACUUGCGGAAAUUCUGCGAUUUGGGGAUCGUGAGUUCUACAAAGAUUGGUGGAAUGCAAAAACAAUUGAUGAGUAUUGGAGACUUUGGAAUAUGCCUGUACAUAAGUGGAUGGUUCGCCACAUUUAUUUUCCAUGCUUAAGGAAUGGCAUACCUAAGGGAGUUGCAAUGGUGAUCUCUUUCUUUAUAUCUGCUGUUUUCCAUGAGCUAUGUAUUGCUGUUCCUUGUCGGCUAUUCAAGUUUUGGGCAUUCCUUGGAAUCAUGUUUCAGAUUCCCUUGGUCAUACUCACGAACUUUCUGCAAAACAAGUUCAAAAACUCGAAUGUGGGCAACAUGACAUUCUGGUGUUUUUUCUGCAUUGUUGGUCAACCAAUGUGUGUGCUUCUGUAUUACCAUGAUGUGAUGAAUAGAAAUGGUAGUUCAAGUUAAAGCUUCAUCGUCGAUCAUUUUGUUAGACCGCGACUCGCGAGUGAGCAUUGCAGUUUUGAACUAUCCAAGUGGUAAGCUAUAAGUCUACAAGUACAAGGAAUUCCUGAUGCUUUACUUAUAUGCUGAAACGGAGAAAUUUCUGUUUUAAAUUUGACUCAAAGGGAAUUGAACAGAAUUGUUGCUUUGUAUUAUAUCUUUCAUUUAAUAAUAAAGAAAUGUA